UUUAAAUUACACAGCUGCACAAUGUCGUACGAUCUAUGCGAAGAACUCAUUAUUGAAAUCUUCUCAAGACUACCAUCCAAAUCCCUCCUUCGAUUCAGAUCAGUUUCCAAAUCGUUAUGUGCUUGUAUCGAUAGCCCCGAUUUCAUCCGACUCCAUACUCUUCAAUCUCCGAAAAAAGUCUUGAUGAUCCACCAAUUUCCUUAUGAACGUGAAGAACACCUUAAAAACAUCUAUACAUUACAUGCACAAGGUCAGUUUCCAAAUAAUCCCUGUACUGAAAUACCACAAAUCAAGUUUCCUUUCAGUUUCAAAAUUGUUGGUUCUUGCAAUGGAAUUAUAUGUAUUUGUGGAAACGGUGAUCUUCAUCUAUGGAACCCUUCAAUUAGGCGCAUUGUAACCAUACAUGAUCUCUCUUCUUGGUGUCGUCGUUAUUAUGAAUGUAUUUCUGCGGGUGUAUUAGGGUUUGGUUUCGAUCCAAUCAUCGACGAUUACAAGAUUUUGAGGAUAACCACACCAACUUCAUGUAUUUACUCUAUGAAGACACGCACUUGGCGUGUGAUUGCUUCCCCGGUUACUCCUUUAAUUACUUUUGUGAAGUUAGACCAGUGUCUUUUCAAUGGAGCAUUGCAUUGGGCGGUAAAAAGGUAUUUAACUGAUGCACGCGAUGAAUGCGAUUACUUUAUAAUGAAAUUCGAUUUGAGUUUGGAGGUUUUUUCGACGAUUGAGUUGCCAGAACCAAGUUGGGAAACGAGCGUAGUGACAAUCAUCAAAGGUUGUUUAGGUGUGAUUUCUUCGGACAAUCAUGAUCGUAGUUGGAUUUGGGUGAGGAGAGAAGACAACAACACUGAUUCUUGGUGUGUUGCUUAUAAACUGGAUACAAAUCCAUUUAAAGGAGCAGGCAAAGUUUUUCAAAUUACCCCUAAUGAUGAAUUACUAUACAACGUUCACUGUAACGGGAUCAGAGUUUAUAAUCUUGGGACAAAGGGGCUAUCCAGACUUGUGGCAUCGAGUGAACCUUCAACUAGCUUAGUUGACAUGGAUGUGUGUGUUGAAAACCUUGGAUGGUAAGAUAAGGGGACUUCAUGUGAGGGGAACACAUGAAGAAAAAAGAGAAGCGAAGUAUGCAUUUACUUUAGGUUUUAUUACAACAUGACUUGAUUAUUGAGGAU